AUGGGGCAUGUUAUAAUGAACGAAAUUCUGACUUAUUUAACCUUUUUGGGCUUAUGGCCCCGAUCGCGAAAAUCAACAAAAACAGUCGCUUAUUUGAUCAUUUCCUCAACUUCGUUUCUUUUCUUUGGAAGUUUGUUUUACUUGAUUGCCCACCGCAAGUUUGGGAGUAAUGAAAUCGAUUCAAUCGAAACCGUCACCAGUCAGUUUGGAAUACUGUAUUAUUGGGUGCUUUUUACGCUGAAACGUGAAGGUACUGUGGAGAUUGUUGAGCGGUUGUCCGAUUUUUCAAAAUUUGGAAAGCCACGGUUUUUCGAUCAGCGCAACAGACGGCUUAAUUACCUCUUGAGCUACUUUGUGCUAGUCCUCAUGGUGGCCAUCGGGGGUGUGGUUGCCUUGCCCGUGGUCUACAUAGAUUCUUGCCAUAAGGCCAACGAGCGACUAAAUUUGACGAAAACGUGCGGGUUAAUAGCACCAGUUUGGCUGCCGUUUGACUACAACGAGUAUCCCCGAAAAAAUUUUGUUUUUGCCUGGGAAGUUUACUGCUGUAUCAUGACGUACGCGUGCUGUGGAAUCGCCGCUCUGGUUUUGGUCGGAACAAUGGAACACCUGAUUAUAAGGUUCGAGCAGUUGAAACUUAUGUUCCCGGAAAUUUUGGACGAACCCGAUCGGCACACCAGACAGCAAAAACUUAAGAACUGGAUCGAAUACCAUUUAACACUUUUCGACAUUGGGAAGUUAAUGACUUCCAAUUACACGUACUGUCUGUCAGUUAUUGUCUUAUGUGUUGGAAUUCUCUUCGGGUGCAUUGGAGUUUCCACGAUGCAAAGUGCGUCGAGUCACAAUUCUGUGUUUCUGUUUUUUGGCUGGUUUCAGUCGAUUGGCGUUUUGUGCAUUUGGGGGCAGCGGUUGCUUGACACGUGUUUAUCAGUCGGAAUUGCGGUUUACAGUAGCAGAUGGUACGAUAUGGAUGUUUCGUUCCAAAAGUCUGUUCUUAUGAUUUUAAUUCGGUCACAAAAACCAAUUCUGAUCUAUGCAGGGCCGUUUUCCUACUUGUCUCAUUUGCUAAUUUUAAGCGUCUUUCAGACAGCUUACUCAUAUAUUAACCUUCUCGGUGCUAAAGGUUAAAUAGUUUUGGACACAUUUUUAAGUUAAAAACCACUCAAACUUUAACUAAAACCCACCAGAUCACCUUUAGAUCUUUUCAGAUUUUAGCUGUCACGUUUCUUCUACAAUAUUGCACAAAAGUAUUGCAAUAUAUCCUGACCUAAAAAUUAUAAAUUCGUAAGGACACUAAGAAGCUUUAUUUUUUUUAAUAUCAAAAAUUCUUUGAUUAUUAGCUCAAAUCAAAAUACUGUUUAGGUCUUUUAGUAAUUAUUUUGUUGUUGAAAAGCUACUUAAUUUUUUUCAAAUAAAAAAUUAUUAAUUUUGUAUAAGGUGUCUAAGUUUUAUUUUAAAUUGAAAGAUAUUUGAUAAGUUAUACCUGUCACGCAUUUUAAUUUUAGUCUGUACAUGUGAUGUAAUCUUGGCUGCACUGUAACAAAGUAUUAUUUCUCCACUGGCUGAUCAAUUUCUUUGCAAUAAAGGGCAUUAAAAAUGU